GGUUGUGUUGCGUGGCGCUCCGGACCCGCUGACUGCGCGCCGCCUCGUCGCUCACUCGCCUGCUCUCCCUCUCAUGCGAUACCGGGAUUUACAGUGCUGCUUCAACCUCCCACGCAUUCUUACAUGUGCGCACGCUGCUCUGUCCUUUUUGUGAUUACAUCCGUGUGUAUACACCUGGAGGAUAAUACUGUGAUAGAUUUGCCAUGAAUGGUUUGAUCAAAAACGUCUUGACAUGUUAAGAAAAUGUGAAGAACUUGUCGAGAGUGAUUCAAAUAAGUUGAAAUCUUGUGAGAUAGAAAGCUCUUCCGAGCAUCAAAUAAAUGCUGAAAACAGUUUUUGUAUGAUUAUAUGGAAAAUGUUGAUGAUUUUCCGUGAUUGACGUAAGUGAGGUUCGCAUAGUGGAAAAUGUACGGGAUAAGCACAGGUUUAUACCAACAGAAGUGAUACAUCGCACGGAUAGUCUACUAAAAGGGUGUCGUCGGGCGUCAGAAUGGCCAUGUCCCCUCAGCAGUUCUGUCUCAGGUGGAACAACCACCAAUCCAACAUCAUAUCGGUGUUCGAACAACUCCUUCAGAGCGAGUCCUUCGUGGAUGUUACGCUAGCGGUCGAGGGCAUGACGUUGAAGGCCCAUAAGGUGGUGCUCUCCGCCUGCAGCCCGUAUUUCCAGGCUGUGCUGGCGUCCCACCCGGACAAGCACCCGAUCGUGAUCCUGAAGGACGUGCGCUACACGGACAUGCGGGACCUCCUGGACUUCAUGUACCGCGGCGAAGUGAGCGUCGACCAGGACAACCUCUCCGGCUUCCUGCGCGUGGCCGAGUCGCUCCGCAUCAAGGGGCUCACGGAGGUCAACGAGAAGAAGCGCCUCGAGAACUCCUCCUCCGCCUACCUCAUGCCUCAGGCCAUGCCCGGCGCCGCGCCCCCCGGCGUGGCGCCCGGCGUCGUGCCCAUGGCCCCCCUUACGCCCCUCCCGGGUGACCCGCCGCCCCUCAAGAGGCCGCCCCUCUCGCCCUCGGCCACCUACGGCGCCAAGCGGAGACGCGGCCGCCCGCCCAAGAUCUCGGGUGAGGAGUCCGAGGGCGAGGUGGGUUCGGUCGGCGGCUCGCUGUCGGCGGCGGAGGGCGAGGACACGAGAAGCGAGGCCGAGGUCAAGGUGGAGGUCGAGGAGGCCAAAGAAUGCUCAGAGCCUGACGACCUGAGCAAAGAGGCCGACACCAAGAGUGGGGAAUCAACUCCAGGACCAUCAGGAGAGAGCCAAGGGAAAGAGGUGACGAGGUUGCCGCAAGAGGAGCAGGAGAACACCCGGGAAUCGCCAGGCUCAGGCCACGCGCCGGAGUGGACGACCCACACCUACGACUCUGACGACCAACUCGCCGUCGCCAUCCACCCGGCGAUCAAGUCCACGUCUCAGCCGCCGCCGCCGCCGCCGCCGCCCGCCACCGACAUGGACCAGCUGUACUACACCAAGAACCUUCUGGAGGCCGCCAUGCUCAAGAACCCGUACGAGGCUCUCAAAAACGACAAGCACCUGCACGGCUCGAUCCUGCUGGCGUCGCUGAGGGCGCCCCUCAAGUUCGGGCUGCACGGCGUGUACGAGAGAGAGGGCGAGAGAGAGGUGGCGGACACGUCCCCGCACUCGCCCCACACCUCCUCGCCACAGAAGCCCACGCAGUCCUCGCCCACGUCGAACUCCCCGAGCAGCGGCGGGGGCGGCAGCGGGGGCGGCAACAACAACAAGGUUUCAGUGCCUAUCAUGAGCUACUGCAUCCAGGACAACGGCUUCAAGUGCUCCAAGUGCUUCCAGACCUUCACGCACCCGUCCAACUUCCACCGGCACUACAUCACCGUGCACACGGACCGGCGCGCCCACAAGUGCCAUGUCUGCGGCAAGGAGUUCAAGCGCAAAGACAACAUGAUGUCUCACAUCCGCUCCGUGCACCGGCCCGGCAAGGAGGGCCACUCCAUCUUCAGAGAGGUGUCGUCGGUGUCGCCGAGCCUCCCGCGGGAGGUCCCGCACCUACAGGAGCAGCUAAUGCAACAGAUGCAGCAAGUUGACAAAGUCUAGAGCUUCCAAGUGACCGCCUCGGUCACGCCCGACAAUCACCAUUCCGGUGACUCCAGAGCGAGCUGGAAAUCCGCCGACCAAGUCGGCAUGGCCCGAGUGGCCGCAUCUCAUUCUCACGUGCAAUGUUAAGGUUGAUAGCCUGUAGACCCCCCGAUGACGCGGUGACAAAUCCCACACUGUGUUCUGUGAUGACUAGCAUAUCCCUUACCUGGGCGACCAGGCUCCUGCGGGCCGGCCGCGCCCCCGGGCGGGCUCCCCGAGGACGUCGGGCCAAGUAACUGUGUGUGUGUGAGGCCUUAAUGUGUGCCUUGUGCUGCCCAGGGGGGGUCCCUGGUCGCCACCCUGGGGCCCCCUCUGCUACGCUAGAUGAACCUGCUGUGUUAGUUUUCAAGUUUACCGGUUGUAUUAUGUUAGUGAUUAUAAGAAUUCUUUAGAGAAGUGCAAUAUAGUGCAUUAUAGAUUAUUUAUAGACAAUUUCACGUUACUUAAGCAUGACAUUAUAUUUAAGAGGUACUUUAUAAAGGUGUCCCGCUGCCCAAAGGCAGUGAUCACGCGUGUGCGCGCGCGUGCGCCGAGGCUGGUCACCGCGUCAAGCCUUCACUGCCAAGACUCGUGGAAACGCCGCUCCUUGCUCGCGAAGCCGAUCCUUCCGCGGCGCCGAGGCUCGCGUCGGAGGCGCCGCCGAGCAGACUCCCGGGCCGCGUCCCGACGCAGGAGCCGCCGGGGGCGCUGGGCGGGGCGCUCCCAGAUGGGUAUUUGUACAGGGUAGCUUACAAGCACACUCAAAAGUAGGAAUAUAGA